AUGACCCUGAACCACGGCCGAUGCGACGGCUUCUCCCAGCACCGGCUGCUGCCGACAGCGCGGUCGACCGGACCCCUGCACAUUCCAGCUCCAGGAUCGGAGCCGGCUCCGGUGCCUGUGAGCCGUGCCGCCGGCGCAAGACGAAGAUGUGCCGGGCGCAAGACCGAGUGUCACUAUGUCGAGCACAUGCAGCCCAAGGUCAUGCGGCAGAAGCUCGACGACGCUGAGAACGAACUCAGGAGCCAUCACGAGCUCUUCCGGCUCAUACAGUCCCGCAGCGAGGAGGAGUCGGUCGAGAUCGUCCGCCGGAUGCGGUUCGGCCAGGGGGUGCAAUCUCUCUUGCGCCUGCCCGAAUCAAGAAGGCCCACCGCCUCGCCGAGUAAGGCUGGCCGUGGAGACUGGCAGACCACUGCCGCAUUGAGACGUACGAACAUCCUGCCGCCGUCUCUCUGGCGUUUCUCUCCGAGUGCAACAGCGGAAAUGCGCAAGUACAUUCAACAAGAAAUUCUACUUGGUGAUCCUUUGGCUCUCAUCGCAAGCUCGCUUCUGGACAAGUCAGAGCAGAUCAUGCCGGCCUGUGAUUGGAGGCCACGGCCACAUGAGCGAGUAUUGCGUGAGCGAUUGUUGUCACCCAACUCCACGUCUUCGGUCAAAUUCACUACGACGACGCCCGGAAAAGCACCAACAACAAGGACGGUGGAAAAUGUCAAGACUAAUCGGGAGCAACAUCGAGACAUGCACCACCCAGGCGGUCUCAACUGA